AUGCCGCCCACCUCGUCCUCGUCCUCCCUUACAAUCACCAACCCCCUCCACCUCUACCGCACGCAUCUCGCCACCUCCCGCCUCCUCCCCGACCCGCACCAGCACCGCGCCGCCCUCAUCCUCCAAUCCGUCUACGAGCGCCUCCUCGACUACACGCCCCCCACCCACCUCAACACGCGCCUGCACUCCCUCGCCCGCGCGCUCGACCCCGCCCCCGCCCCCCCACCACGCCGCUUCCUCCCCCACCUCCAACUCACCAGCCAAAACCGCGACGCCAAAAACCUCAUCCGCGUCCUCACCACCGCCGACCACGCCCUCGAGCUUGACACGCCCCAGGGCCUCCUCCUCAGCGGCGAGGUCGGCACCGGAAAAAGCAUGCUCCUCGACCUCCUCUACCACUCGCUCCCCACGGCGUCGAAAAAGCGAUGGCACUUCCACGCCUUCAUGCUGCACAUCAUCUCCUCGCUCGAGGCCAUGCGCCGCACCCGCGCCCUCCCCGGAGAGGAGAACGAGUACUCCCUCCUGCGGCUUGCGCGUGCAACGGUGAUUGAGAGCCCUGUGCUGUUUCUGGACGAGUUCCAGAUGCCGGAUAGGGCUGCCGCGAAGCUGCUCGAAUCGCCGCGCGGAGGACCUGGUCCAGGGGCGGGGGCCGGGAGGGAGCGUGAGUUUGAGGGCUUUCUGAAGGCGCUGGGAAGGCGGUGUCAGUUUUGGGAUAUGGGCGGGAGCAAAGACUGGCGCAGGGAAGCUAGAGGACGAAACUGGUGGCGCGUGGGCUUCGCCGGCGAAGGCGCAAGCACAGAAACAGAAACCACUGCGGAGCCCGAGGCAGGGCCAGAGACCCCGGGCAAGCAGCCCGCCUACUACUUCACCACCGCCACCCCCACCACCUCCUGGGACGCCGCCAUCGCCACCGCACUCGCCGCCACCUCCCCCACCUCCCCCACCUCCCCCACCUUCACCCCCACCUCCCUCACAAUCUACACCCGCACCCUCCCCAUCCCGCACUCCCACUCCGGCAUCGCCCUCUUCACCUUCACCGAGCUCACCCUCAAGAACGAGGCUCGCCGCUUCAUCACCCUCCUCGACGCCGUGUACGAGUCCGGCGUCCGCCUCGCCAUCCGCACCUCCGCGGAGCGCAUCGACGAGCUGUUCUUCCCCGACACUGUGCCCGCGGAGCAGACUACCGCCGCAGCAGAGUGGGAUAUGUCGGGCGACGCAGACCCGCUGAGCGCCGAGGUGUAUGCAGAGGCGCACCAGGACCUCACGGCGCCGUUUCGGCCGAAUAUUGUCGCGUAUGAUGAUACAGGGAGGUCAGAGGCGGCGGGGGUGGGUGGGAAGGCGCCGGAUUUUGCGGAUGCGGCGGCGUGGACGGGGGAGGAUGAGAGGUUUGCGUGGAGGAGGGCGGUGAGUCGGUUGUGGGAGGUGACGGGGGAGGGGUGGUGGGGUGGGGUUGUGUGGCGGCCGCCGCUGCUUCAGAGGGGGUGGGAGGGGAGUGUGGGACAGGUGGUGGAGAAGAAGGUGGGUGGGGAGAUAGGGGGGGUAGAGAAGGGGGAUGUGGGAGGGACGCAUGAGAGGGAGGGGGUGGUGUUUAGUCCGUUUCGGAAGCACCCACAGGAACCGCCUAGGUUUGGGGGAGAGCAUUUUUGGAGUGUUGUGAGAUGGGGGAGGAGGGCGGGGAAUUGGGGGAAGGGCGUGGAGGGAGUGAAGGAGCGGAAGGAGGACGAGAAGGAGAGCAAGGAGAGCGGUGGUAGAUAG